AUGAGCCUUCGGCAGCUACUGUUGCGCUUGCCCCGUUAUCUCGGGGUGUCGGGUUCCCCGCGUCGCUUGUGGUGGUCCCCGUCCCUCGAUACCAUCUCCUCGGUGGGCUCCUGGCGUGGUCAGUCCUCCAGGUCCCCGGCCCACUGGAACCAAGUCGUGUCAGAUGCGGAGAAGAUCGUGGGCUAUCCCACGUCCUUCAUGAGCCUCCGCUGCCUGCUGAGCGACGAGCUCAGCAACAUCGUUAUGCAGGUGCGGAAGCUGGUGGGGACUCAGCACCCUCUGCUUACCACGGCCAGGGGGCUUGUACAUGAUAGCUGGCAUAACCUCCAGUUGAGGGGCUUGGUGGUGCUACUUAUUUCUAAAGCAGCUGGGCCCAGCAGCAUGAAUACUUCAUGUCAGAACUAUGACAUGGUCGGUGGGAUCUAUUCAUGUCAAAGAAGUUUGGCAGAGAUCACAGAACUUAUCCAUACUGCUCUCCUCGUACAUCGUGGGAUAGUAAAUUUAAAUGAAUUGCAAUCUUCUGAUGGACUAUUGAAAGACAUGCAAUUUGGAAAUAAAAUAGCUAUCCUGAGUGGAGACUUUCUUCUAGCAAAUGCCUGCAACAGACUAGCGCUGCUACAGAACACCAAGGUCGUGGAACUUUUAGCAAGUGCUCUUAUGGACUUGGUACAAGGAGUAUACCAUGAAAAUUCUACUUCAGCAAAGGAAAAUCAUAUCACACAAGAUAUUGGAAUAUCGACUUGGAAGAAACAGACUUUUCUCUCCCAUGGAGCCUUAUUAGCAAAGAGCUGCCAAGCUGCCAUGGAAUUAGCAAAGCAUGAUGCUGACGUUCAGGAUAUGGCAUUUCAGUAUGGGAAGCACAUGGCCAUGAGUCAUAAGAUAAAUUCUGAUCUCCAGCCUUUUAUUAAAGAAAAGACCAGUGACUCCAUGGCUUUUAAUCUAAACUCAGCUCCUAUAGUCUUACAUCAGGAGUUUCUUGGAAGAGAUUUGUGGAUUAAGGAGAUUGGAGAGGCUCAAGAAAAAGGAAGAUUAGACUAUGCUAAGUUGCGAGAAACAAUCAAAGCUGGCAAAGGUGUGACUUCAGCUAUUGACCUGUGUCGUUACCAUGGAAACAAGGCGCUGGAGGCCCUGGAGAGCUUUCCUCCCUCGGAGGCCAGAUCUGCUUUAGAAAACAUUGUGUUUGCUGUGACCAGAUUUUCGUGACACCAAAUUAAAAAGAUACUAUUGUUGGUUAGCUGAAAACAAAACAAAACAAAAACUGGGGAAUGAGGUGAUCGGGAGGGCUUUCAUGAUGGACUAUCUCAAUGUGUUAAUGACUUUAAAAACAUAAUCCAUUCUUUCCUUCCUUUUAUCACGUUGCUAAAUGAAUCCUGCCUUCUUUUUGGAACUGCUACAAACAAAAUUAGAAGAAAAAAAGGUCAAGCAGUUUUCACUUGUCAUGCCAGCAGCACACUUGAGUCCAGUAGCAGAAAUAAUUAAUGAGAUUCGCUGCUGUGACCUCAGCAAAUGGACAGGAAAUAAGUCCUUAUUGAUUGGACUGAGCCAGGGAUGGCGCCAGGGCGGUGGCCUGUGGUUUUCCUUCUAGAGAGGGCAGAGCAAGCUGGAAGCGGCAGGUGUCAAGAGAAACGCGAUCAGUGCCAGCCAGCAAGGACUGUCAAAUCAAAAACUAGUGACCAGUUGUCAUAACGGAUGGUAGUUUUGAUGAUGAAGAAAAAAAAAAGUGCUUUGUCUCCUUGCAAUUAUGUCUCUGUAUCUAUAGGUACAGUAUGAAUAUACUUCGUGCUUCAUCGUUUUUAUAAGAUUUUUUUUUUUAGGAAAAAUUGCUGAAAAAAUAAUGCUAAACAUUUGAAGUAGGAGAUUAAAAUGUUAUCAAAUGUUAACUUGUAAUGUAAAUGUGGUAGGAAUGGCUUGUUUUUCU